AUGGCCGACGAAAUCAAAAAGUCGCUCUCGCGCGAUGUCAACGCCCCCGAGGCCAUUGUGGAGGCUCCUGCCGAGGCCGGGGAUAUGGAGCUUCUGGCGACCCUUGGCUACAAGCAGGAAUUGCGCCGCCACUACUCGACGAUCCAGAUCUUUGCGGUGGCCUUCAGCAUAAUGGGCCUGCUGCCCUCAAUCGCAUCCAGCUUGGCCUUCUCAAUGCCCGCUGGACCCGUUGGCAUGGUUUGGAUGAAUAGGGUAAGAUGGCUGGCUGCGAGUUGCUUCAUCAUGGUUGUCGGUCUGGCAAUGGCCGAUAUGGCUUCGGCCAUGCCCACCGCCGGCGGCUUGUACUUCUGGACGCAUUACUACAGCGCUGAGAAAUGGAAGAACCCAUUGAGCUUCCUGGUUGGAUACAGUAAUACCCUCGGGCUUAUUGGAGGUCUCUGCUCUAUUGACUAUGGAUUCGCCAACAUGCUCCUCUCCUUGAUAUCCCUGACCCGCGACGGCAACUGGACGGCAACUCGGCCGAUUAUCUAUGGGACAUAUGUCGCGACGGUCUUCGCACACGGCGUUAUGGCCAUCUUCUUCGGCAAAGUGAUGCCCAAAAUCCAGUCGGUCUGCAUCUUCCUCAAUGUUGCGCUCGUCAUGGCCACCGUGAUCGCGCUGCCUGUCGGGAAGUCGGAGAACAAUCCUCCUAUCAACUCGGGGUCGUAUGUCUUCGGUCAAGUUGAGAAUCUGACCACCUGGCCCGCCGGCUGGACUUUCAUGCUGGCCUGGCUCUCACCUAUCUGGACUAUCGGCGCCUUUGACUCCUGCGUUCAUAUGAGUGAAGAAGCGACCCAUGCUACUCGCGCCGUGCCCCUCGGAAUCAUUUCUUCCAUUGCCGCUUGUGGCAUCUUAGGGUUCUUGUCAAUGAGCUGCAUCGCGGCCUCGAUGAGUCAGGAUAUCGACAGUAUCCUGAACUCGAAGUUUGGCCAACCCAUGGCACAGAUCUACUACGAUGCUCUUGGAAAAAAAGGCGCCCUCGGAUUCAUGGCCGUCAACGCCAUCGUCCAAUUCUUCAUGGGCCUCAGUAUUGUCCUGGCCGCCUCUCGCCAAAGCUGGGCCUUCUCGCGCGACGGCGCGCUACCAUUUUCCUGGUUCUUCCGCAAAGUCAGCCAGGGCAAGUUCACUAAGUACCAGCCCGUGCGCAUGGUCUGCGGCGUGAUCGUCAUGGCCGUGGUCACCGGCCUCCUCUCGCUGAUCGACAACGCUGCUGCCAACGCCCUCUUCUCGCUCGCCGUUGCUGGUAACGACCUCGCCUGGCUCACUCCCAUCUUGGCUCGUCUGCUCUGGGGCGAGGACCGCUUCGUCCCGGGUGACUUCUAUACGGGCAAGUACCUCAGCCGCCCGAUUGCCUGGGUUGCCGUCAUCUAUAUGGCCUUCGCCAUUGUGCUCUCGAUGAUCCCCACCGAGGGCCCGGAUCCGUCGCCUCAGGAUAUGAAUUACACGAUCGUUAUCAAUGGGGCGCUCUGGAUAGGCGCGCUGGCUUAUUAUUUCCUUCAUGCGAAGAAGACGUUCCAUGGUCCGCAGACUACGGUCAGCCCGGAGGAUGAGGGCAAGCAGAUCGAGGCUGAGGCUGCUGCGGUUGGAACUGGAGCAUCGGAGAAGACACUGGAGUAG